AUGGCAACGAUGAUCUUGAUAUUGUUAUUGUUAUUUUGUACUUUGGUUGGAUACGUUCAUGGAGGCGGAUUCACUAUACGAUGCUGGGAGCAACUCAAUGGCAAAAAGAACUUGCUCCAGGAUGGUACUUGCCAAAACAUCAACAAUCAACAUGACGGCUGGCAUACUUUUACGAACGAUGAUUGGGUUUACUACCCUGAACAAGCAGUCAACAUAUCCAUGUCGGAGGCUGUGGUGCAUAUCGUUAUGGCUGGAGGAUGCUGUGCACCCAAUCGACUAAAACCUGCUGGUCGUAUAUAUCAAGAUUAUGGAGAGAACUAUAGAGAGGAUGGCACCAAAAUUGUCGGGAUUGCGGAUGCACCUCUCAUCCAAACGAUUGCUGUUGAAGGAGCGUAUAUGCGACACCUCACGGAUGAUCACGCCAUGAACCUCACGUUGUUGGCAUCGGUGAAUAUGGCGGAUAAACAAGCCGUUCUUUAUGGUGCAGCUUUCGAUCGUGCUGGUCUUAUCACUUACAAGUACAUGGAUGCUGAACGUCGAUUCUUGGGAAAUCACUCGACAGGCGUAUUACGAAAUUCGGUGGCUGUUCCUGAUGUAACCCUUCCUCGGCACACACGUUACAUUGAGAUUUCGAUCUAUGGUUCACGUACAAAUCCGCUUUGUUUCACCUAUAUAUAUGCUGGUCUUUAUGUGGAUCGAAAACAGGCAACGAUUACACGCAUAUGCUCAAAAUUGACGUCUACCUUGCAAUACACAGCCCUUGGUAACUUUAUCCUGAUCCCAGCCUGUUUUGCUGUUAUGGCAUGGACCAUGUCCACGUUUGAGUUUCCUCCGCCCGUCCGAUUUCUUUGUCGACAACCAACCCCGCUCAUGACCUUGUGCGUCUUUAUGAUGAUGGGCUCCUUUAUCUUUAGCCAGGCAUGGAAUCUUAUUAAUUCGCAGUCAGUCAUCUUCGACGAGUGGCUACCACGUGCUGUCAAGAUCAUUGAACUGUUCAUAUCAUUCUUUCUCUAUGCUGUCUACUUUUAUCCGGUAUUCCUAUGUUAUUCUGCAAGCUAUCGAUCACGGGUGGCCAACAUACUUGGUGUAUACGUGGUGUUGGUACUUUUUAGUCUUCGCGUCGUCAUUGAUUUACCAUCCUAUGUCGUCACAUACGCACGCGACGUGCAAUAUCUCGUAUUCAAUGUGGUGGCCGCCGUCCCUGCCAUCUUGGCUUAUGCUGCAGUACUUGGUUUCUUUAUCGUGAGAUCGUUCACUUUUCGCUCAUGCGAUACGUGCCGAAUUUUAUCGCUUGAAGUAGCAGACACCGAAGAGCAAUACGUGCGUCGUCUAUUUAUGCCACAUAAUUUCAAGAUCGCGAGAACGAUCAAACCUACCUUGUGGAGGCGUGUUUGGCUUUUGAUUAGUCGGCAGCAGAAAUUGAAACGACAAGGUAUCUUUAGGAUGACAACGGUGCGAUGGCUUUUUGGGAUCAAUGAAUUUGUGAGGAUCCCACUCGCUGUCAAAGUAGCAUUGACCUUGUUGAUCUAUUGCUUGGCACAGCUGAUCCCCAUUUUGCUUACUCAAAUGGUUGGUGUGGGUGGUGUUGUGCCCAUGCGUAUCUGUGCAUGGUCCCCAUACCUCGCUCAAUUCCAGUAUCACCCCGAUCCAAUGCAUUUUGCGGCCAAAUCGUUCAUGCUUAUGCAAAUAGCAGCCUACUUUGCCACAGUGGGUGCAGGUGGAUUCUGCAUGAUUUAUGCAUUUGGGAUACUACGGCGUGCAACCAAGGAUCUUCUUCGAUUACGUCGUGGUGAUUAUGGCAUUUUCAAAGGCAAAAAAGACAAUGAUAUUGAUAUUGAUGAUGCCAUACGAUUUCUUGGUGUUUGUGUUGGAUUUGGUUUUACAGGCACCAUGUAUUUUAUGGUGGAGGUGGCAUUGAUCGGAACAGGCAUUGCCAUGCUGAUACAGCUUGAUCAUGUACGCGACUUUUUAUUACAUCGUGUCGGCUAUGGUACCUUCUUUGCGAGCUUUUUUGUGGCAUUGGUCGUACAAAUGAUCCAGAAACGGAUCACAGGGAUUCUGUUUCUCAAGGAUGGUUCUCGUUUCAGUCUCCAGAAUCGCGCUCCUUUCCUCCAUUAUUGGUACUUUAUGAUGCUUACAUCCAUGACUCGCGCCUUGACAUCGUACAUUAUCCGCACCCUGAAGCUCGCCCUGCGAUAUCCUCUCUUUAGUUUACGUGUGGAUAGGAAUGCUGAAACGUGGUCUGUGCGUCGUGGUGAUGGUGGUUUUGUAGGCUAUUGUGGCAUGUUGUUGGCCGAACACGAAUACAACAACCCCGUUCUAUUGGUCUUUAUUGAAUGCCUGCUACCUCAUAUCCAUCCAAAAAGGCCUUUUCGUUAUUGUAAUGUGCACGACCCAAUGAAACAGCAGGAUGAUAGCGUCUAUGGAUCGGAAAAGACAACCUUGGUGUUAUCCUCUCGGGAUGCAAAGGCUAUCAGAGCACGAACACGUUGGUUUCUCGCCUACACUCUUAUCCACAACCCAAUGAUUCGUAAAUGUAGAAAACAUGUGUUGAAGGCCGUAGUGGACAAGUACAAUAGCUAG